AUGGUAGCGGAGCUCUGGUCGGGCAGCCAGGGCUCCGUCCGUGAGCAGGGCCCGGCCGACCCGCAGAGACGGGAAAAGGUGGAAGAAAGGGCCGUGGAAAGAUUGGCCAGGCGACUUCAGCGUGAGGCUGACCACGAGGAGCAGGCCCAGAACGAAGGGCAGGAGGAAGUUGAGGUGCGUGAAGCCAGAGCUGCUCCCACCUUCGACUUCAGCUACCUCGAGGGCCUCGCCUUGCAGAGUGGGAGCCGGAACAACUUGGCGGCGGUCCCUGAGACCAGGGAGUUCGUGGACGACGAAAGGUCGUUGUGGACAGGGCUUGAGCCGAGGGACAGGAACAGCGUCAACUACAAACGUGCUCAGAAAGCACGAGAAGCAGUCUUCCGUGGAACGCCCUUUGCCCAGCGUUUCUUGGAGGACAGACCUGGGAAGCAAGCCCGUGUUAGCUUCGCCAGAGACAGAGCAGUGGAGCGUGUGGCGAGUGGAGCUAGAGCAGCUACUGCGAGCCACCCGGCCACUACAGUAUACGAGUCUUCCGAGGAGGGGGACAACACCGUGGAAACCAUGGAGGCAGAUUUAGAACGGAAGAGGGACAGCAGUGCAUUGGAGGAUCACUUGAUAUAUGCUGUCCGUGUUUCGACUACUAAAUCUGAGAAGCAGCCCUGGGAGAGGGGCGACAUCUUGGCGCCUCGGCCAGCUUUCACUUCUUCCUUUCCGAGUGUCGGCAGGCCUCAGGUGGCUGCCCAGGUGCUGUCUGCUCCAGGAUCGGCUUCUUCGAAGGCUGCGACAACUUCUGUUGCUGUGAAAGUAUUGGGCAAGCUGCCGGCAACCAAGGGGCCCAGUUGGGAGGAGAAGCUGACUGAUAACAGACGGGCUGCUGUGGCGAAAUGGGAAGCUCUGCUUAUGGCUCACGGUGCGCAUUUUGCUUGCUACAGGGAAGUCAGUAGCGAUGCCGGAGCGGGACGCAGGGCCGACUUGGUUCAGACGUUGAAGGACUGCUUUGCAGGCAAAGCAAGUGCGACUUUGCACUCGAGAGUGGGACCGAUGACGCGUUAUGUAAAAUUCACCAAGUCUGCUGGCUUCGAAGCUUUUCCUCUGACUGAGAGUGUUCUAUAUGCAUUCAUGGACCAGUAUUGUCGGGCGGCGGCGGCAACCUUUGGGAGAAGCUUCCUUGAGUCAUUGAAUUUUUCUGUGCAUGUCUUGGGCCUCGAUCUGCAUGUGACCAUCAGUGGCAGGAUACAAGGGGUAGCCAAGGCCAGGUACCUUGAAAAAAGGAAGGCUGUCCAGAAGCCGGCGCUUACAGUGUUGCAUGUGAGGACGCUUGAGAAGAUAGUGAUGGGAAGCACUAUUGAAGAAUACAGUGGCUUCGAUAGACAUUGCGCUGGGUUUUUCUGCUAUACUUUGUACUCUCGGGCGCGAUUCUCCGAUGCCCAAGCUUCGGCCAAUCUUCUGCUUGAUAUCACCGAGAACGAAGAUGGCCCUUAUGGCUUCCUAGAGGCCUCUGUCACGAGGUCCAAAACGUCGUACACUCUGGAGCGUAAGACGAGAUACCUUCCAAUGGUGGCGCCUAUCAAUGGACUGCUUGAUGAGUCUUGGGGGACUGCAUGGUACGAGCUCAUGAAGAGCAGGGGGAUUCUUCGAGAACUCUUGAGGCGGGAGCUCGGAGACACUUUGGAGAUCAGGAAGCUUGGAACCCACAGCUUGAAGAGGACCUUGUUGAGCUGGCUCGCUAAAUAUGGCACUGAGCAAGGUGUGAGGGCCAUUUUGGGUUACCACAGUACUCACUGUGGGACGGAGCUGGUAUACGCCAGGGACACGCUGAGCGGCCCACUGAGGCAGCUCGGAUCGGUCAUCAGUGCGGUGGCAUUGGAUCACUUCAGGCCAGACAGCACGCGCUCGGGAUACUUCCCAAGUCGUAAGGAUGCCGGCUUUGAUCCCAAUGCCCCGGAGCAAGAAGAGCUCGACAGUUCUUCCAGUGGAAGUGACGACGAAGAAGCUCCGGACCACGAUGAGGUUGAGAAGGCCUGCGAUGCGCUGGCCUCCUGGGAGCCUCGUCCAGGUCUGCGUGAAAUGAUCGGCGAAGGACGGGCCUUGAGUUUCACGCGAGAUCGGCGAGAGGUCAAUGCUGUCUUCAGCGACAAGGUCAGAACUUCGGGCCUGUCGGCUGCUGACCAGUCUAAUGUGUUGGCUGGUUUGAAGAAUUUGAAACAGCUGGCAUUUGUCAGCUCUUACACACCAGGGCAAGCCGACGAGAAGCCUUUGAUUACUGCUUUGGAUGCUCUUGUCAAAAGGGACACAAGCGCUGACUUGGCAGCUCAAGCUUGCUUCAGGGCUCUUUUUCAGCAGGCGUAUGCCAUUGUCACGACAGAGUUCAGGCAAGCCAUUGAGCGCACUGAGGACGCUCCCAGCCGGUCUCUCAGCGCGCCCGAGCGUGAGGAACGCUACACUCGUCAGGUGAAGAAGUUAACCGGGAUCAACAUAAAAGGCGAGGCUGAACCAAGUCAGGCCUUGGUCGAUCUUUGCGUUAACAUAUAUGAGUCGAACACCUUGCGCUACGUUGCCUGGGAGAAGUGCACAAGCAGGCAUGCUGAGGUUCAAGGUGAUGCCAAAAAGGACACUCGAUUCACGCUUGAUGCUCAGGGUAAGACCUUGAAGCUUGAGUCGAAGGCCCCGGACGACAAGUGUCAGGUCGAUUCCGAAGUGCAUCUUCUUCAGGCUUUGCAGCGCAGGGCCCUUGCCCUAGAUCAGGCUAACAUUGUCGACUUUGCUGUCAUUGAUGUCUGGCAUCAGAAAUUGCUCAGGGCACGGAUGCAGGAGGUGCCGGCGGGGCAUGUUCGACCCAGCUUCAAGCAGCUCUUGCGGGCUGAUCAGAAGUUGUUUUCGGAACUGCAGGACCGUUGUCGUGCCGGGAUCCAGGCCACGUCGGCUGGCCGCCCCUUGGAUGGCCUGGUCCCCUUGGUGAUGGAUCUGAGCGAUGUGGCAGUCCUGUUGCAAUCCUUGCCUGGAAAUGCCUCUUCCUCUUCUGAUGUGCCUCCGGGUCCUUGGGUCACUCGUGAGAGGCCGGGCCCGUACAAUCGAGAGGGGAAAGGUCGAGGCAAAGCGGGGAAAGGGCGGGCCAAAGGGAAGGGCGUUUUGCCCAAGCCGCUCGUUGGCUGCUACAGUUCGACCAAUGCAGGCGAACCCAUAUGCUUCGAUCACAACAUCAAUGGAUGCAGCCGGGUUGUCAAGAACGGUGGCUCUUUGCGAGCAGGUGAUUGCGACCUCGACUUCUGUCGAGGUUCCUGGGCCUUCAAUGCUCGUGACGGCUGCCAUUCCGUUGCGCCUUUUCAGGGUCGUCGGGUUAUGCUAAUUGCCUUUAGCACCAAGGGCGUUUGCGAUUCUGACCCCGACAUUCUGUCGCAGCUUCAGUCUUGUGGUUUCGCCCUUCCCGACGCUGAUGCUGCCAUGCCCGCGUCGCCGCUGGGCCCUCUUCUUGACAUCAGAAGCUCUGUCACUCACGAGCCACUGAAAGUGUUGAAGCCUGCACAACUUGUAGUCCUUGACCUCUUUUGUGGACGAGGUCUUGCAACUCAGGCCCGAGCGGCAAUCCACUUGGCAAUACUUGCGGCGUCUGGUGAUGGCUCACCGUCCGUUCGCAUAGCCUCCACGGCUUUGGCUUGCUCUACUUUGGGUGCCUGCUCCUGCUCCGACCCCGAUGGGUCUUUUGCUCUCAGCAAGCAGUAUGCCGAAAAUUUUGCUGAAAGCCUGCGUUUGCAGGCCGCUGGUGAAAACUUACUUGUUUCCCCGCAGGCGGGGCUGCCCGACGCUAAUCCUUCUGUGCAGAAACAAGCUAAACUUACCAAGAUGCAGCCCAUCAUGCCUGAGUUCAAAUACAUGGUCAGCGUCCAUGUCGCAGAUUGUUCCCGGCUGCCGCUGGAUGACAAGAAAUGCCUGCGGACGUCUUUGCCGUCCGUACCCAAGGGUGCUAGGCUCCUUAGGCUCGCUUUUCUUGGGGGCGGUUGUCUUAAGCCUAAGUCCCUAGCCCCUCUGCCGGAUGCCCCCGCCACCGCCACGUUUGGCGUGUUUCGGACCCCCGAUGAGUUUGUUGCCGCCAGCCUGCGUCUCGAGCACCCGUUUGACGCGUUUGCACAUGUGCCUGAUGGCCUCAUCCGGAAUUUGGGGCGGCUGCUUAUCGACGGUCCUUUGCCCGUCAUGCGACGCCGGCUGGAUCUGCUUAACCGGUGGUCUGCUUGGGCCAAUGAACUGGCCGAACCUGAGAAGGCUCUUCACGCCUCGCUUGAUCCGAGAGUUGGUGCGGUCCUCUCUGGCAAAAAGUUGCUGCUGCUGGAUCGCAUUGCCAAAUCCCUUGCCUGGCCAGAUGAAGAUCUCUUAAGUGACCUUAAGGAGGAGCUUGAUCAGAGAUCUAAGUUCUUGCGACCGGCCCUGUGGGCCAAGAUUUCCGCAUCAAAGCCUGAGGAUUCCGAUGCCGAGCUCUGGAGCCAGACUCUUGCCGAGAGGGACCAGAAGUCCUGGUUGAGUGGCCCGUACAGCUACCAGGAGCUUACUGAGAUUUUGGGUCCGCACUGGAUACCUGUUCGGAGGUUCGCGAUCUUCCAGCGGGGGAAGCUGCGGUGCAUUGACGAUUUGUCUGAGAACAGUGUUAACUCGUCCUGGGAGGUGGCGGAAAAGAUUGACCUGCGCGCGAUGGACGAACUUCUUUGGAUAACGUCAAGGCUUAUGCAAUCCAUCGUUGACCGAGGUUCUGUGAACCUUCGUCUUUCCUCUGGAGAGGUGAUCAGCGGCCCGUUGCAUACCGUGUGGCGCACUCGGCCUGAGUCCGCGCGCCCAGUCUUGAAGUGCGUGGAUUUGAAAUCUGCUUAUAAACAGUAUGCCAUAAGGCCACGUGACAGCAAGAGGUGUGUUGUCAGCCUCCGAAGGCCCUCUGACGGGCAAGCCUUUGGUUUCAUCUCACAUACACUACCUUUCGGCUCGCUUGCGAGCGUGGGGCAGUUCAAUCGCGUUGCCCGUUUGAUUCAUCGCAUUCUUGUUGAGCUGGAGUGUCUGGCCUGCAACUAUUAUGACGAUUACCCGGUGCUCGAUGUUAGUAUGCUCUCGUCCAACACCGAGAAGACGAUUCGCAAGCUCAUGCGUCUCUUGGGAGUGACCUGCUCCGAGGAUAAGGAGUUGCCCUUUUCUUCGGUUGCCGAUCUUUUGGGUGUUCGCUUGGAUCUUAGGGCUAAGGAUUUUUCUUGUGUCACGGUGGCCAACAAGCCUGACAGAGCCCGUGAAAUUUCCGAGGCGGUCGCUAAAGUCCUAUCGGACGGCCAAGUGGUGGUCAGAGAAGUCGACAGCUUGUUUGGGAGGAUUCAGUAUGCUGAUUCACAAAUCAUGGGCCGCAGGGGCAAACUGGCUUUGAGCACGCUUAGGAAGCUCUCUCGAGGCUCUGGAGUUCAUCGACUGUCUCCCACUGAUCGUGAUGCCUUUGCUGUCCUGCGGAUGCGCAUGGACUCUGGCGAGCCCAGGCGCAUACAGGUUAGCAGUUCUGGACCCUCGCUUGUCGUUUUCACUGAUGGUGCCUGCGAGCCUGGUGCUGCUCGUCCACUCUGCACUGUUGGAGGGGUGCUUUAUGCUUCUUGGAAUGGGGCUGUGAAGGUUCGAUACUUCGGGGCCACGCUGAGCGACUCUUUGGUCGACCAGUGGUCAGCGAGUGGCAAGAAGCACCUGAUAGGGCUUGUCGAGUUGUAUGCUUUAGUGCUUGCGCGAUUCGCCUGGGGUAGUCUUCUUGAUGAUCGAAGGGUGCUUUACUUCAUCGACCAUGUGGGAGUGCUCUCUGCCACCAUCAAUUGCACAUCGAGGGAUGAGCUUUGGAGAUCUCUGCUUGUCCAUCUUGAAAAGGGGCUGCUGGACUUUUCCGAUGUGCGAACAUGCGAUCCGGGACCAUCCUGCUUGUUUUGCAACGGGCGAAUCACUACGCUCGUCUUGACUUGGGGAUAUGUUCCUCGCUUCGUGACAAUGGUCACCGCCCGAUGGGGCUGCGUGUGUUAUUCCACAUAUGCCGUGCAGGAUGUGUUUCACGAAUGCUCGAAUCCCAGAUCGCAUGUGCGAAAACCUUCAGACCGCUUGCAUUCCAAUUUCAUAUGUUUUCUUAUAUUCGACUUCCCACAUAAUUAA